AUUCGGUCGUUUUUAAGAAACCGGUGCCUUCGGUUCGGAUCGAUAGAUUUCCAUCAAAAGUGUUCGAAUUUGAUUAGGGACGGUGGCUAGAUUGAUCUUCGGCAAGACCGGUUACGGUGGCUGCUGGAACGAAGUAAGUGCACCGGAGAUCGCACGACGAUCAGCAGUAGAAGUUGCGCGCAGGAAGGCACGUGUCGCAGAACUUUUUGCAGCUGUUGUGCGAGAGACGCAAAGAGAUGCAACCACAAGAAUAGCGUAUGUGUCAAGUGCCAAAAAUUUUCUAAAGUGAAUUGCAGUUUUUUUUUAUUCUCUCAAUGCAUGAUUUAUUAUGUCACUAGGUGGAAGGUGACUAAAUAAAGAGAUCAGCCAGUAGUGUCGGGGAAAAAAAGUGAAAGGUAUUUGGUGGUAGGAGAAGAACAACCAGAUAGAAGUAAAUGCAAGAUGGAGAACCGUGCUUACAUCGGUGAUGAAACCGGGCAGACCCGAAUCGAGGGAGUUACCGUCAGCAACGGAGGCAUUAUUUACCAGAAUGGAGUAGUCAAUGGAAUAUCGAAUCACAUUACCAACAGCAACAAUAACAACAACCCCGAUGAAUCCCCUCCCACAGUCCGUGAGAAGUGGGGCAAAAACAUCGAGUUCCUGCUGUCCUGUGUGGCCCUGUCGGUGGGCUUCGGCAACGUGUGGCGAUUUCCCUACACGGCCUACAACAACGGCGGAGGAGCGUUCGUUAUCCCGUACCUGAUAGUCCUAUUGAUAAUCGGCCGACCGAUCUACUAUCUGGAGAUGGUGCUCGGUCAGUUCUCCAACCGUGGCUGCGUGAAGGUGUACGACCUGGCACCGGUGAUGCGGGGCAUUGGGGUGGGACAAACGGUGGCAAUCUUCACUGUCAUUACCUAUUAUGCGGCUGUGCUGGCCAUUACCUUUCGAUAUCUGGUGGUUUCGUUCAGUGCCGAGCUGCCGUGGAGCACGUGCGAUCCCACGUGGGUGGAUUGCGUAAAUUCGAGCUUCAUCGGCACCAUUCCGGUGGGGAAUGGGACGAAGAUUAAAUCGUCAGCGGAACUAUAUUUUCAGAAAACGGUCCUUCACAAAGCAGAUUCUCUCGACGAUGGGAUAGGGGUCCCGGAUUGGAGAUUGGCUUUGUGCUUGGUGGUGGCGUGGAUCUGCAUUACAGCGAUUCUCAUCAGAGGCAUCAAAAGUUCCGGAAAGUUCUCCUACUUUUUGGCUAUUUUUCCCUACAUUAUCAUCUUUAUUCUGCUGAUCCGAUCUCUAACGCUGCCCGGAGCCUGGACAGGUAUCAAGUACUUCUUUACACCGCAAUGGGACAAGCUUCUGACGAUCGAGGUGUGGUACGAAGCGGUAACGCAGUGUUUCUUCUCUUUGACGAUUUGCUUCGGAGGAUUGAUUGUUUACUCGUCGUUCAACAAAUUUCAGAACAAUAUCUAUCGCCACGCCGUCAUCAUCACCUGGCUGGACACAUUCACCUCCAUGGUUGCCGGUUGCAUCGUAUUCGGAGUGAUCGGUCACCUGGCACACGUCACAAACGAGAAGGACAUCCAGAAUGUUGUUAAGAGUGGUCCUGGCCUAACGUUCGAAACCUACCCGGAUGCCAUCGCCAAGUUUGACUUUGUACCGCAACUGUUCUCCGUGCUGUUCUUCUUCAUGCUGUUCCUUCUGGGCAUCGGAACUCUGCUGGGAAUUGUCACCUCCGUCAUAACAGCCAUUCACGACCAGAACCCACACUGGAAGCGCUGGAAGGUGGUGCUGGUGGUGGCAUUUUUUGGAUUCUGCAUUGGUCUUGUGUACCUCACACCCGGUGGCCUGUACAUCCUGGAUCUUAUGGAUUACUACGGAGCGACAUUUGUCACGCUAACGCUGGCUGUUUUUGAACUUUUGACGUUCGCUUGGAUCUACGGAGUGGACCGAGUUUGCAAGGACAUUGAAUUCAUGCUCGGCAUAAAAACUGGCAUGUUUUGGCGGAUAUGCUGGGGAAUCGUUACACCGAUCGUGGUGUUGGUCAUCCUAUUAUUCAGUAUUAUUCAUUACGUUCCGAAGGAACUUCCUACCGGAUACAAUGCUUUCGGUUGGUGCCUGUACAUCGUGGCCGUGCUGCAGCUUCCCGCGUGGGGAUUUUACGCGUGGUACAAAGAUCCCAGCAGCGAUCCCAUCGCCAGGCUGAAAGCCAUCCUCAGUCCGAUGAGCGACUGGGGACCGGAAGAUGCCACCACCCGUGCCAAAUACAACAUCUUCAUUGGCGAGCACGAGGCAACGAUUUCGAUGAAGGAAACCUGCACGGCGAGUUUCGUUCGACGAAAACUGUUCGGCUAGCAUCACCCACACAUACACACACAUACCCAUCCACCAGUCUUUAUUGAAAUAUUUUUUUACCUUGACGAAAGAUGGAAAAAGCAUCUUGAGAUUACGAUUUUUGAUAUUUAAAUGAUAUUGACGUAUACGAGCGGAAGUGAUGUAUGUGAAAAGGAGUGGUUCACAUAUGACGUCCACUCUUGAGGGCAUGUGGUCCUAGAAUUUGUGACAGUACGUGUAAUAAGUAUGGUAGAAUCCGUUAAACAAAUCGAAAAUCUUGUGGAUGUCAUAUUUGAAUUGCCCCAAAGUGAAGAGAAUAUGAAAAUUAAUAAAUGCGCGCAAUG